UUUUUUAAAAUGAAAUUCCAAUAAAGGAGUUUAAUUUGAAAUGAAAUUCUAUAUUAAUACUCCAGCUCCACCUCACAAAAACCCCAAUCCUUGUUCUAGAAAACCAAAAACAGAAGUUGAAGGCGGCAAAACAUGUCUCAGGUAACACAGGAAAUGAAGGCCAAAGCUGAAGUUUACUACGGGGAUGAAACAUGCAGAGAAAAGUUCACAUUGUUAUUAGAAGAAAAAGGGUUGCCAAAUGGCUUGUUAGCUUUGCAAGACAUACAGGAAUGUGGGUAUGUUAAGGAUACAGGCUUUGUCUGGCUCCGACAUAAGAAGAAGAGGGACUCCUACAAGUUCCAGGAUGUUGUCAUCAGAUAUGACGCUGAAAUCACAGCUUAUUUCGAACCAAAUAAAAUCAAGAAUCUGACUGGUGUCAAAGCCAAGGAGUUCAUGAAUAUUUGGGUCACCUUAACAGAAAUCUACGUCCAAGAAUCAUCUCCUUCUGCACCAUCAAUCACGUUCAAGACUCCAGUUGGCUUGUCCAGAUCGUUUCCCGUAUCGGUGUUCAAAGUUCAGACAGACAUGUUUAACAAGGAGGUAAAGGAAUUAUUAGCUGAUAAAGCGAAGGAUCUGGGAAACUAAAGUAGUGCAAGAAAGAAAACUUAACUUGCAUGUUUAAAAUUUCUUAAUCUGUACAUUAAUUUCUUUUCCUUGUCGUGUUUAUAACAGUUUCCAUUUGUUUA